ACUCAAAUUCCAAUUCGUGGUCAGUUAUCAAGGAAUUAUUUCGUGGCGUAUUCUAACCUAACAGAAACGUCACGGUAGUUUAAAAUUGAAUAUCAACUUUUAUGGCAUGCUUUUUAGUUGUACCUAACAAACAAGUAAAUAUGUUAAAGUAUACGCAACUGUGCUUGAAUUAUUUAAAAUCAACAUUUCUUUCUCGUCAGAAUAAUAUAUUGGUGCAACAAAACCGGAACACAUAUAUCUUAAAAAGAAAAUAUCCAGCACCGCUUCAUAAAAAAUAUGAGAGACAACCACGGUUAACACAUAAACAUUUCAUUUAUGAAUUCAUAGAGCAUUCAUCUCAAAGGAAACAAAAAAAGAUUGAUUUAGUUUUGUUAGAGAGUGUAAAAAACAUUGGUGAAAAAGGUCAGAAGGUAUCAGUAUCUUCUCAAAAAGCUUAUGAAAGUCUGAUAUUACCAAAAUUGGCUGUAUAUGCAACUCCUGAAAAUCUUAAAAAAUAUAUAAUCGAAGAUGUAGAUGUCCAGAGAAGAUUAUCUAAAUAUAGCUCUCAAUUUGUAGAAAAAACAAUAAGCAUAUUAUCUCAAUGUUAUUUACCAGUAACAAUGUCCAUGGACAAUCCAUGGACUAUAGAAAAAUGGCAUGUGAAAGUAGCUUUUCGUAAUGAAGGAUACAUUGUACCUGAAUACGCUAUAACUCUUCCAGAGAAGACUAUAUCUGGACCUGAUUUAUCCAUUGAAAAUAAAGAAUUUUAUGUUAUUGUCAAAAUUAAUAAUAUUGAGGAAGUUAAAGUCAGAUGUAAAGUACAUCAUUAUACUUCUAACUCAGAAAAAAAGAUUGAAUAUGAUGUACCAUAUUACUUACUACCAAGCAUAGCAAUUUUCCCAGAAGAUCAAUCAAUAUUGAAUUCCCUCCCAAAACAUCCCUUGGCUGAUAAAGAAAGUGUAGAAAAAUAAAAAUUAACCUGACUUCUUACUAAUUCCAUUAUUAUGAAUGAAACGUAUCAUUUUAAUUUAUUAUAUUGAUAUUUAGAAAUGGAAGAAAGAUA